AUGAUAUUACGGAUAGCGAUAGCCUUAUCAAUAAUUUGUUUAUUAUACACAAAUGCUCAACGAUCGUUUGCGGCUACAAAAUUCGAAUUGAGUCCAGAAUUACCGUGGGAAGACCCAGUAGAAGUGCAAGAAGCCAACGAUGAAAAACCGGUAAAAAUUCAAAAACAACCUAAAAAGCAUCGUGAGAUUUCUCAAGUAAAAGCUGUGCCAACAGUCUCAGUAGCUACUCCAGCUCCAGUACAAGAGCCAGCUCCUUUAGCGGCGGCCGAGGCUCAACAUGUAGCUAGUCCGUCAGCUCCAGCUGCUCCACAACCGGCUGCACCUAUUGUACCACCAGGUUUCACUUAUCCAGCUUUAACACCUUAUGGUCAACAAGGCUUUGGCCAAGCUGCAGGUCAGCAAGCUGGCUUUAUUCAGCCAGGCUUUGUUCAGCCGGCUCAGCCAGCUUUUAGCCAACCACCUCAACCAGCUUUCGGCCAAUCACCUCAACAAGCUUUCGGACAACCACCUCAACCAGCUUUUGCACAACCAACCCAACCAGCUUUUGGACAGCCAGCUCAACCUGCGUUUGUUCAACCGGCUCAGCCAGUCGCUCCAGCUUUUGCUCAACCCGCGUUUACGCAGCCGCAAAUUCAAGCAGCUGGUGUCGCACAAGCUGCUACUGGCCCAGCUAACUUUCCUUCGCCACAACAACCAAGACAAAUCAGUUCAGUUCCUGACAGUGUUCAGUUGGUCAGAGCUCAAACAACGCGCGAACGGGUUGAGUUAUGGUUCCGCGACGAUUACCCUGAUAACAGUAGGUUAUUAUAUUUAUAUUUGCAAAUUUAAAUUAUCUAGGAAAGCGGUAUUAAACGGAGACGCACUGCACCCGAACGCAAAAGAAAAAAUAAAAGACAAAAAUGUGACAUUUCGUUUUCAUAAGGAAUAUUGGUUCUGCAAAAUUUAUUUUAGGCAAUUAAACUUAUUAUUUCUCUAUUUUAGGUAACAAAAGGUUUAAAUUAGGUUAAUAAAGCAUAUAUUUUGUAAAACAUUAUAUCUUUUUUAAGUAUAUUCACUUCUUUCAGAAAUAUUAACCUUAUGUGAAUUUAGGUAACAAAAAAAUGUUUUCAGUGCAGAAAUAUGUCUUUAGCCAUUGAAAUGUUGCAAAAUUCUGUUUUUCAUCAUUUAAUCUACUCCUGAAAAGUGAAAAGAACAAUAUAAAAUACAUACCAAAGGUUGAUUACACUUUUUCUAUAACAGGCAACAAGUAACAAAGCAUUUUAUGGUUAAAAUUUAAGAAUUAACUCUUUUAACCCAAAAAUAAUUUGAUCAAUGUUGCCAUAAGAUCAAGUUGUAGCUAUUUAUUAAACAAUAUAGGACAAAUAAGUCUCAAAAUCAAGCUUGCAAGCGAAAAAACCGACCGAAAAAAUAAAAAAGAAAUGAAAACGAAAUGAAACAAAUUAUCGGAAAACCAUUCGAUAACGAAUCACUAAAAAGACAUUGUUUGCGGUUUCGGGUGCAGUGAGACGGUCAUUACAUUUGAAUUCUUAACAAUUUUUUAUUUUUGAGUACAUUGUAGCAACAUUUUUUAAAUGAGGUUUUUUAGUCUGCAAACGUGAUGCUCGUGAUUUGGCUGAGCAAUUCAAACAAAAAUUCCCGGCUAAUUUGUGGAAAAAUGGUAAAGAACAAGUUUUGACCGACCUAUUAACGGCCAGACUGGGAGAUUGUAUACAAAAGCAGGAUUCAGACCACUGGACUAAGGUUAAUGGACUCAUUCAUAAACUGAAUGUUCCCCUUAGGUAAAUUAACUUUUAAAAUUUUUAGGCUAAUAUUAAAAAUUUUUGAUGUCAAUUCUUUGUGUUAGUUUAAAAAGGUAAAAAGUGUGGUUAAUUUAGUAAAACUUUUAAAAAAAUCAUAUUCUUGCAGCGAAGAAGAAGAAUGCAGAAGUGGAUUAAUUCAAGAACAAAUCAGCUGCAGCAACGUGUUAUCCUACACUUGCCAGUUUAUUCAAAAACCAUACAUUUUCCGAUUAGUUCCAGCAAGAAUUAUUAUUCAAGAAGCCAGAAUAGCUGAAGAUGGUGCCGAAAAAUGCAGGAAAAUUGUACGAAAAGUCAAAAAAGAGCUACAAUAG